AUGAACAAUUCAACACCAAUUCCAAAAUUCUUUUAACAAGAAUUUGAAUGUUCUUUAUGUUUGACUUUCUUUACAAAUCCAAUCACUAUUCCUUGUGGACACACAUUUUGCAAGGAAUGUAUCUCUAAUGCAGUUAAAUAAAUUCCACGUUGUCCAACAUGUAGGUAUUAAUAUUUUUUAAUUAUUGAUGUACCAUUACUAUCGAGAUAAAAAAAUUUAAAGAGAAUUUACUUAUCAAGUCUACAGUAGAUGAGUUGAAAAAGAGCUUGAAUUUAGAUAAUAAUCUUUAAAAUCAACAAAUAUAGAAUUUAUCUGAAAAUAAUGAUUUAACUUAAAAAUUAAUAAUUCUUUAUACAUCAGAAGUUAUUAUACCAUAUUAAUAUUAAAGAAUUGAAUUAGACACUGAGUAAUUCAAAAGCUUUCCGAAAAAUCAAGAAUUAAUAAAAUAAAUAUUUUCUAAUAUUAAAAAAUUUGUUAUAGCAUUCAAAUCUAAAUAAAAUUAUGAUGUAAGCAUUCAAUUAAUAUAAAGAUUGGAUUUUUGGCAUAAUUGUAAUUGGUUUAGAUUAUAAAAGGGAAAAUAUUGGCGUAAAUAUUGACUGAUGAUAUUGUUCAAGUGUCAAAUAAGGAACCAACAGAGUUUUAAUUAAGCAAUGAAGGUCAAAUAACAUAUACACUGCCAAUAAUAUCUGCAAAAAUACUAUAAGAGGAAUAUAUAGAUUUAAAUGAUAAUGAUACUACUUAUCAGAUCUCAUCAUUAAUUUAAUAAAUUUAAGAGGUUUUAAGUCCUUUCAUAAUUUAAUUAAGUAAUACGUAAAAUGAAUUAUCCAAAUAUUUGCAUCAAAGUGGGUUAUUUAUGUAUUUAAAAUUACAAUUAGAAAAAGAUUGGAAAUCAUUAAAAAGGCUAUCAUUUUUAUUACCAAGCCUAUUAAAUAUUGAUAGAGUAUAAAAAAACAACAUUCUUUCCUAAAAUAAUUGUAUUUAAAGGUUAAUUUUGAUAAAUAAAAGCAUUUAAAAAUUUAAAAAUACUUCAAACCCUAUGGUUGUAUUUACAACGAACAGAAGAUCUAAUGGAAAAGGUCUCUUGAAUUAGUUUUGGCUGAUAGCUAUUCCAAUAAUGCUUGCAUACUUAUACACAAAACUAUAGUUCUGAUUAUAAUUAUAUGUUAGCUUCCAAAUUUAAUUCAAAUAUGGAAUCCAUCAGUAUAAUAAAUAUUAUUUAA